AUGGCGAGCUCCUUUGAGAAGAGCGUGAAGGGCGGCACCAAGAUCAAGCUCGCCGCGCCCAAGUCAAAGUAUGUCGAGCAUAUCCUCGUUGCUACCCACGCCGGCGAAGCAGGCGUUGGCGAGAUCUUCCGCGCCCUGACGAACCGCCUCCGCGACUCGACCUGGACUAUCGUCUACAAGAGCUUGAUCAUUGUACAUCUGAUGAUACGGGAGGGCGAACCUGAGGUCACGCUCAAGUUUCUAUCCAAGAACCCCCGCCGGACGCUGGCUAUAAACCAUUUCACUGAGGGUACGUGCACAGAGAGGAACACAGGUGACACAGAUGGAUACAUGUCCUGUUACACGGGACGUGGUGGCGCUAUUUGGGGAGCCAACAUACGCAACUACGCAGAAUACCUGCUCUGUCGGGCCGAACAAUAUGGCGCGACCAAGAUGGACUAUGUACGAGCCGGAGAAGGCCGGCUCAAGCGGCUGAAUAUCGAAAAGGGUUUGCUUCGGGAAACGGAAAGUGUACAAGACCAGAUCAAGUUUCUGCUAAGAUGCGAGCCCUUCCACGAAGAGCCGGAGAACGAGAUUACAUUGACUGCUUUCCGUCUUCUCACGAUGGAUUUGCUUGUGCUUUUCCAUGUCAUGAACGAAGGGACCAUCAAUGUUCUGGAACACUACUUUGAACUUUCAAAACCGGAUGCGAAGCGCGCUCUCGACAUCUAUCGGACUUUUGUAAAGCAGACCGACCUGGUGGUGCAGUAUUUGAGCGUUGCUCGGUUACAUGAGCAUUCGACACGAUUAGAGAUUCCAAAAAUCAAGCACGCGCCAACUAGCCUGACCCAGGCAUUGGAAGAAUAUCUAAAUGACAAAGAUUUCGAAGUUAACCGCAGACAAUACCUGGCUGAGCGCGAAGCGAAAAAGACCGGCGGGAAACCCACGAACGGAACGAGCAAGCUACUUUCGGAUUCGAAACCUGCCGCUGCAACGACAACUUCACCAACUCAAACUUCAGCACCAAAAAAACCACCAGAGGUCAGCCUACCGCUUAUUGAUUUCUUCGAUUCAAUACAGGAUAAUCAACAGACCAUGGCUCAGCCGCAAGCACAGCAAUUUCAUCAACAGACGGGAUUCCAACAGCCUAACAUGCAAACAACACAGCAAACUGUGGGCUUUCAACAGCAACAGCAGCCUUUUGGUCAAGCAGACGGCCAAUCGACGAACCCAUUUGCUCAAAUGCAACAAGGGAUGCAGCAAAUGAACCUUCAGCAACCGCAGCAACCGCAACAGCCUCAGCUACAAACACAGUUCACAGGCGCUGGAUUUGGCGGCUACACACCACAGCCACAGCCGUUCAGUCCACAAAAUAACCUGUCGUCUAUUCCACAACAUGGCAUGCCAAAUUUCUCACAGCAGUCGACGAUAGCAGAGCCGUUACAAGCACAACCAACGUCAACCAACCCCUUCCGCGCCUCCAUGCUCCCACCUGCACAGCCAGAGCCAAAGCUCCUCAGCAACCCUACAGGUGUUUCGUCACCACUCGGCCGCUCACCGACCAAUCCCUUUGCGAAGCACAGCACUGGGGGUUUCCAGUCAUCAUUAUCGCCUACCUAUGAAGGCAGCUUCUCCUCACCCUUCUCAGUCCCCUCGAUCCAAUCGCCACAACAAAAUUCACCGUUCGCGCCCCAGUCACAGCAACAACCUCUCCAACCGACACCCACAGGGACGAAUCCUUUCGCGAGAGGUGUGAGUCCUGUGCAGGGAACGGCAUCGCCACAGGGUGGGCUCACGGUCCAUGCUACUGGGAGUACGAACCCCUUCCGUCAGUCCGCCUUCGUAAACCAAGCCACCGGCCAGGGUUGGCAGAACACAGGCCAGGGCACCCUCGGCGGCAUGAACCUCGAUGCCGUGCCUACGACGAGCGUAUUUCCGCGCCCAGGACAGCAACAGCAGCAACAGCCUAACUACAUGGGCUAG